AUGAUUCUGUCAGCCUAUUCUCUCUUCUUUUGUCUUCUCUCCUAUUCUCUCUUCUUUUGUCUUUCUGUUUAUGACAAACCCUAUUCUUUUUCUGUCCAGCCUAUUCUCUCUUUCUUUUGUCUUGCUCUGUUUAUGACAAACCUAUAUGAUGCUGUCCAGCCUAUUCUCUUUCUUUUGUUUUGCUCUCCUUUUUCUCUCUUCUUUUGUCUUGCUCUGUAUUAUGACAAACCUAUCUUUGAUUCUGUCCAGCUCUUUCUCUUUUUUUUCUCUCUUCCACAAACCUCCUCUUCACCUAUUGACAAACCUCUUUCUUUUUCUGUCCAGCCUAUUCUCUCUCUUUUGUCUUGCUCUGUUCCCAUGACAAACCCUCUCUUGAUUCUGUCAGCCUAUUCUCUCUUCUUUUGUCUUGCUCUCCUAUUCUCUCUUCUUUUUUUGCUCUUUUUCACCAAACCUUUCUCUUCAAACAGCCUAUUCUUUCUUCUUUUGUCUUGCUCCAGCAAACCUUAUUCUCAGCCUAUUCUCUCUUUUUGUCUUGCUCUGUAUUAUGACAAACCUUAUGAUUCUGUCCAGCCUAUUCUCUCUUCUUUUGUCUUGCUCUCCUAUUCUCUCUUCUUUUGUCUUGCUCUGUCUUAUUAUGACAAACCUCUUCUUUAUGAUUCUGUCAGCCUAUUCUCUCUUCUUUUCCUAUUCUCUCUUCUUUUGUCUUGCUCUGUAUUUCCCAAACCUCUUCUUGAUUCUGUCAGCCUAUUCUCUCUUCUUUUGUCUUGCUCUGUAUUUUUCAUCCAAACCUAUAUGAUUCUGUCAGCCUAUUUCUCUUCUUCUUUGUCUUCUCUCCUAUUCUCUCUUCUUUUUUUUGUCUUCCUCUGUCUUUUUUUUCUUUUAUAUGAUUCUCUUCAGCCUAUUCUCUCUUCUUUUGUCUUUCUGUAUUAUGACAAACCUGCUCUUGAUUCUGUUUUAUUCUCUCUCUUCUUCUUGUCUUGCUCUCCUAUUCUCUCUUCUUUUGUCUUGCUCUGUAUUAUGACAAACCUAUAUGAUUCUGUCUCAGCCUAUUCUCUCUUCUUUUGUUUUUGCUCUGUCUUUAUGACAAACCUAUAUGAUUCUGUCCAGCCUAUUCUCUCUUCUUCUUUUGUCUUGCUCUCCUAUUCUCUCUUCUUUUGUCUUGCUCUGUAUUUGACAAACCUAUAUGAUUCUGUCCAGCCUAUUCUUCUCUUCUUUUGUCUUGCUCUCCUAUUCUCUCUUCUUUUUUGUCUUGCUCUGUAUUAUGACAAACCUCUUAUGAUUCUUUCAGCCUAUUCUCUCUUCUUUUCCUAUUCUCUCUUCUUUUUCUUGCUCUUUCCUCAAACCCUUUCUGUAUGUCCAGCCUAUUCUCUCUUCUUUUGUCUUGCUCUUUAUGACAAACCUAUCUUCUUUGCUCCUAUUCUCUCUUCUUUUGUCUUCUUCUCUGUAUUCCUCCUUCAAACCCUAUUGAUUCUGUCAGCCUAUUCUCUCUUCUUUUGUCUUGCUCUCCUAUUCUCUCUUCUUUUGUCUUGCUCUUCUUAUGACAAAUCCUCUUAUGAUUCUUUUCCAGCCUUCUCUCUUCUUUUGUCUUGCUCUGUAUUUCCACAAACCUAUAUGAUUCUGUUUUCAGCCUAUUCUCUUUUCUUUUGUCUUGCUCUCCUAUCUCUCUUCUUCUUUUGUCUUGCUCUCUGUUCUUCUUUUUUAUUUGAUUCUUUCAGCCUAUUCUUCUCUCUUCUUUUGUCUUGCUCUUUUUUAUUUCUGACAAACCUAUAUGAUUCUGUCCAGCCUAUUCUCUCUUUUUUUUGUCUUGCUCUGUGUUAUAUUCAAACCUUUGUGAUUCUGUCUGUUCUAUCCUAUUCUCUUUUUUUGUCUUGCUCCUCCUCUUCUUUUCCUAUUCUCUCUUCUUUUGUCUUGCUCUGUCUUAUGACAAACCUAUAUGAUUCUGUUCAGCCUAUUCUCUCUUCUUUUGUCUUGCUCUGUAUUAUGACAAACCUCCUCUUUGAUUCUGUCCAGCCUAUUUCUCUCUUCUUUUGUCUUGCUCUCCUAUUCUCUCUUCUUUUGUCUUGCUCUGUCUUUCUGACAAACCUAUAUGAUUCUGUCAGCCUAUUCUCUCUUCUUUUUCCUAUUCUCUCUUUUUUUUUUGUCUUGCUCUGUUUUAUGACAAACCUAUAUGAUUCUUUUGUUUUGCCUAUUCUCUCUUCUUUUUUCUUUUCUGUCUUUAUGACAAACCUAUAUGAUGCUGUCCAGCCUAUUCUCUUCUUUUUUUUUAUCUUUUGCUCUGUAUUUGACAAACCUCUUCUUUUUUCUUUCUGUCCAUCCUCCUAUUCUUUUCUCUUCUUUUUUUUUUGCUCUCCUAUUCUCUCUUCUUUUUUUCUUGCUCUGUCCUAUUCUCUCUUCUUUUGUCUUGCUCUGUUCUUUGACAAACCUCCUAAUUCUUUCCAGCCUAAUUCUCUCUUCUUUUGUCUUGCUCUCCUAUUCUCUCUUCUUUUUUUUUUCUGUCUUCUCUUCCAAACCUCUUUUGAUUUUUGUUUUGUAAUUCUCUCUUUUUUUCUUUUUCUUGCUCUCUUCCACAUCCUCCUCUUCUUUUUUUCUCUCUUCUUUCUCUUCUCUUUUUUUUUUUUUCUUCUCUUCUAUUCUCUCUUCCUUUUUUCUUUUGUUUGA